UAAAAGGCUCAGGGUACAUUAAUCUGCCGGCCAAACAGACAGAAGACAUGAGGCUUUUCCUUCUUCUGACUCUCUUCGGAGGGGCAGCUGCCCUGGAGGAAGAUGACAAGAUUGUCGGAGGGUAUGAGUGCCCGAAAAACUCUGUGCCCUACCAAGUGUCCCUCUUCACUGGGUAUAACUUCUGCGGUGGGACUCUUCUGUCUGAUGAGUGGGUGCUCUCUGCAGCACACUGCAAACCAAAGUCAAAUAUAGAAGUUCGGCUGGGAGAGCACAACAUCUGGGAACAGGAGGGGACCGAGCAGUACAUUACGUCUGCCAAGUUUAUCCGCCACCCCGACUAUAACUCCCGCACGCAAGACAGUGAUAUCAUGCUUAUCAAACUGAGUCGCCCUGCCACUCUGAACAGCUUUGUGCGCCCUGCAACUCUUCCCACAAAGUGUGCCAAUGACGGGACAAUGUGCAAGAUCUCUGGAUGGGGCAGUCUUCGUGCCAGCAAUGAUGGCUCGAGGUACCCUGAUAAGUUGCAGUGCCUGGAUGCCCCUCUCCUGAGUGAUGACACAUGCUUUAAUGCAUAUCCUUUCCAAAUCACUGAGAACAUGAUCUGUGCUGGCUACCUGGAGGGAGGGAAGGACUCCUGUCAGGGGGACUCUGGGGGUCCCAUGAUGUGUGACGGUGUGCUCCAGGGAGUGGUGUCUUGGGGACAUGGUUGUGCCCUGAGAAAGAAGCCCGGGGUGUACACAAAGGUUUGCAAUUACACCUCCUGGAUCAAGAACACAAUGGCAUCUGGCUGA